AUGUCGGUGCCGCUGCUCAAGAUCGGGGCGGUGCUGAGCACCAUGGCCAUGGUCACCAACUGGAUGUCGCAGACGCUGCCCUCGCUCGUGGGGCUCAACGGCACCGUGUCCCGCGCGGGCGCUUCCGAGAAAAUCACUCUCUUCCAGAGCCCAGAAGAGGGCUGGCAGCUGUACACCUCGGCCCAGGCGCCCGAUGGGAAAUGCAUCUGCACGGCCGUGAUCCCCGCCCAGAGCACCUGCUCCCGCGAUGGCCGGAGUCGAGAGCUGCGGCAGUUGAUGGAGAAGGUGCAGAACGUCUCCCAGUCCAUGGAGGUCCUUGAGCUGCGGACGUACCGGGACCUGCAGUACGUGCGCAGCAUGGAGAACCUCAUGCGGAGCCUGGAUGCGCGGCUCCGGGCAGCUGACGGGUCCCUCUCCGCCAAGAGCUUCCAGGAGCUGAAGGACAGGAUGGCGGAGCUGUUGCCCCUGAGCUCGGUCCUGGAGCAGUAUAAGGCGGACACGCGGACCAUCGUGCGCCUGCGGGAGGAAGUGAGGAAUCUCUCCGGCAGCCUCGCCGCCAUCCAGGAGGAGAUGGGCGCCUACGGGUAUGAGGACCUGCAGCAGCGGGUGAUGGCUCUGGAGGCCCGGCUGCAUGCCUGCGCCCAGAAGCUGGGCUGCGGGAAGCUGACUGGGGUCAGUAACCCCAUCACCAUUCGGGCCAUGGGGUCCCGCUUCGGCUCCUGGAUGACAGACACGAUGGCUCCCAGCGCGGACAGCCGGGUCUGGUACAUGGAUGGCUAUUACAAGGGCCGGCGGGUCCUGGAGUUCCGCACCCUGGGAGACUUCAUCAAAGGCCAGAACUUUAUCCAGCACCUGCUGCCCCAGCCGUGGGCAGGCACGGGCCACGUGGUCUACAAUGGCUCCUUGUUCUACAACAAAUACCAGAGCAACGUGGUGGUCAAAUACCACUUCCGUUCACGCUCCGUGCUGGUGCAGAGGAGCCUCCCCGGGGCCGGCUACAACAACACCUUCCCUUACUCCUGGGGGGGCUUCUCGGACAUGGACUUCAUGGUGGACGAGAGCGGGCUCUGGGCCGUCUACACCACCAACCAAAACGCGGGCAACAUCGUGGUCAGCCGGCUAGACCCGCACACCCUGGAAGUCGUGCGCUCCUGGGACACCGGCUAUCCCAAGCGUAGUGCCGGUGAGGCCUUCAUGAUCUGCGGUGUGCUCUACGUGACCAACUCCCACCUGGCGGGGGCCAAGGUCUACUUCGCCUACUUCACCAACACGUCCAGCUACGAGUACACGGAUGUGCCCUUCCACAACCAGUACUCUCAUAUCUCCAUGCUGGACUACAACCCCCGUGAGCGCGCCCUGUACACCUGGAACAAUGGCCACCAGGUGCUCUACAACGUCACCCUCUUCCAUGUCAUCAGCACCGCCGGGGACCCCUAGGUGCUGCUGCCGCGGCUCAGGCUGCCCCAGCGAGGGCCACCGGGGGCCCGCCCUGCUCUGCCUGUGUCCCCUCAAGUUUCUCUGUCCGUUGUGUCGUCUCGCCCCUGUCCUGUGCUUUUUCUCGUCCCAGCUUCCGUUCUCUGCCUAUUUCUAUCAGUGCUUUUUCUCAAUUUUGUGUCAUCUCCUUUAUCGACCUCUGCUUUUGAUACUCCACUGGUCUUCUGCCUUCUUAUUGAUGUCCCCCUUUCUUUUUAUCGAUCGGGGCCUCCUCUGCCUCUCUCUCUCUCUCCCCUCUUUCUCCUCUUUCCCACUCUCUGCUUCCCACCCAUUCCUCAUCCCUGGCUCCUCACCUCCACCCUCCCACCCCCAGGAGUUGACUGCAUGGAUUUCCUUCUUUUUUUAUUUACACUUUUUCUUUCCGGGUUGCCGGAAUAAA